AUGACAGACAGGCCAGCGCCACUCUACAAAAGGUUGGCCGCUCGACUACAAGGUGGCCGCCGUGUACCUAAGAAACGCAAAUUUCCAGCCAUUUCACAGACGUCGCAAGAGCGCCUUUGUGAGUCGCUAAAGGACGAACCUUUUGACCCGGUACAAUGCGACGCCUUGCAAGACCCGGUCCCGCAGGAAAAAGAGAAGACGGUGCUCUAUCUGGCCUAUGGCUCGAACCUGUGCAAAGAGACAUUUCGAGGCGCGCGCGGCAUCCGUCCUCUGUCGAAAAUCAACGUGCUGGUCCCAUCGCUACGAUUGACGUUUGACCUUCCUGGCAUCCCCUAUAUAGAGCCUUGCUUUGCCAAUACGGCGCAGCGGACCCCCGAAGCACUGAGCGACGAUGACGAUGACAACACCAAGAACGACGACGACGACGACCAAAAAGGACCUGGUGAUAAUAGUCCAAACGACAAGGCAGGCAGCAGCGACUACCACAAGAACCGCUGGCACAAAGGCCUGGUGGGCGUCGUCUACGAAGUGACACGCCGCGAUUAUGCGCAUAUCAUUUCCACCGAAGGCGGAGGCUCGUCCUACAAGGAUAUUCUGGUCGACUGCUACGUGCUCCCUACAUCAGACACAGUACCCACUGUGCCUGACUCUCAAUCCUUCAAAGCACACACGCUCUUCGCACCACUGCUCGACGAUGACAACAAGCGGUCGACCGACCGCGCCACUCGCCCCGAUCCCGACUAUGCGCAACCAUCGGCCCGCUACCUUAAGCUCAUCACUGAUGGUGCUGCCGAGUGCCAUUUGCCCCAGGAAUACCAGGACUAUCUGCUCAACUUACGUCCAUAUACAAUCACGACCAAAAGACAGGCGGUGGGCAAGACUCUCUUCCAGGCCAUAUGGCUACCCUUUGUCAUGUUGAUCUUCACACUCGCAAAAGCUGUGCAGGACAAGAAGGGGAGAGCGCCGUGGUGGUAUGCCAAGCUGACUGCCUGGAUCUUCCUCGCCAUGUGGAUGAGCUACGACUACGCCUUCAAACCUAUUUUUGGAGACGGAGAGCGCACAGUCGGUGACGAGGCACUGUGGACAAAGCCAAAGUGUUACGAAGAUGAACGGGCAAAGCAGGACUAUGCUGAAAAUGAGAGCUUGCUUGAACAAAGCGUCGAAUCCAUGAAUUUGCAUGCGAAGGCGAGCAUAGAUUGUUCGAACGGGUUGAAGAAUCGUAUAUAG